CUUGACCAACACUCUGGUAUAUUGUGCUGUCUAUGGUAUUUUUUGAAUGUGGUACUAUAUCGAUAUACCAAAUACACUAUUUGAUAUAUAUUUAGUAUUUUUAUAGUAUUUUCGGUAUAUUUUGAAAUUAAUACAACAAUAUUUUGCUUUUGUUCAAAAUUGGUAGCAGGUAUCUCACAGUCGAGCACACUCCACGGUAGUUGUCUUACUUAUUUAUACACAAUAAUAGAAGAUCAAACAAACAUAUUAGAAUUAGAACAAGUUCACGCAAUAUGAUACACUUUCUCUCUGAGGGCUUGUUAUCAGCUAAGCUAAAUUGCGUCAUCUCCACUGUUAACGAAGAUAGAAAUGUGUUCGCUUGAACAAAGCUAACAUGCUGAGCAACAGUGUGAUUCUGGAGCUUGAACUAAAAACUAAUAAAAAUCAAUAUUUAAUAUUGCGCUAAAAUUAUGUUCUAAAAUGGCAAGCGAAUGUGCAGUCGGUUGUGUGGAUGCAAUUGUUGAAGGCGUGAAGCGCAAAUUCAACUGUAUUAAACAAUUCUGGCAUCGUUAUCUACUUGUUGAGCCAGUAUUGAUUUUAUUUUGGGCACCCACUUUAUUCAGAUUUGACAAGUUUGUGACACACAAGGCAUGUCGCUUUAGUCUCGGCUACAACGAAGAUAUAUGCUCUGCCGUGAUAUAUGACUACUAUUAUGUUAGAGAUUGUAAUCCAUAUUACGUGCCACAAAAUACAUUGACAAUACUAGUUCCUUCACCUGACGAGUUAUUUGAAGAUGCUUGCUCGCCCAAUUUUAAUUAUGCCGUUUGCAAAGUUGGAAAUCAGGCACAAAAUCUGGUGAACAAUGUAUAUUUAAAUACUUUACCGAUAGUCUCCGUAUUUCCAUAUAUUAUAUUAAUGUUUGCUGGAGGCUGGGUCGAUGGUUACAAUAAGCGUAAGGCAUCCUUGAUAUUACCGAUUCUUGGCAGAUGUCUAUAUUAUAUAUAUCAACUCAAAUCUUCGAUAUUCUAUGAGAGUCUGCCUUUCCAAUUGAGUUGGUAUUUCGCAAUAAUACCUUCAAUUUUAGGCGGUGUUCCAUGUUUCUUGAUGUCUGCGUUUAGUUACAUAACAAUAACAACACCAGAAAGUGAUCGAGUCCUACGCAUCGGUAUCCUUUCUGUAUUUGUUCUACUUACAAACUUUCUAAGUGGUAUCAUUGAGCAUCUUAUUAAUUCUGACUUUGCAAGUAAGUUUAUUACUUCGUUUAUUAAGCAGUUUAUUAAAUUUGUAUGUGUUAUUUCAGUAUACUUUGGAAUUUGUGUGGGUCUGGAAAUCGCUGCUAUACUUUACAUUAUUUUGUUUAUAAAGGAGCCAAAGUCAAAUGAAAGUGUUUCUGAAGUCAAUGAUUCCGCUGGCGACAUUCAGUUAACAAAUUUGGGAGAGAACGUCACGAAUAUUGAAUCAUCACCUGAACCUCCUCGACGCAAUGUGUUCAACAAAUUCUUUGAUCCGACGAGACGACACAAUAAUGAUAGACUUAUAUUGCUGCUAUUAAUUUUGUGUUACUUUCAAACUGCGGGACCUGAAGAAAGUGAAACCAAAUUUAUGGAUUUUGACAUUUUAAAUAGAAUCGACUUUGAUGAAUAUGUGGAAUAUAUGGAAUACUCGUAUAUGGAACUUUAUUACAGAUUGAUUAAAUUUAUGAUGUCAAUUAACUUAACCUAUUUUGGAAUAAUAACUUUUGCUAAAAUUUGGAAAUUCUCUGAAUCCAUAGUUGGAAUCUCCGAUUCCCUAUUUGGAAUCUGGACUGCAGUCUUCGUUGUUGUGUCUCGCGUUCUAUUUUACUUUGCAGACACAUCUUCAAUCGUAUCUACAAGACAGAUGUAGAUUGUAAAAAAUUAUAUAAUAUAUAGUGUA